GCUAAAGCAAAACGAAAAAUUUCAAAUUUAUGAGAGAAUGAUUCCUUUGCUCAUUUUGAGUUAUUUUGCGGUAGGAGAGCAUCCAGAUUGGCGGAAAAGAAGUCUUACAAGGCGAAGGAGAGCUCUGCGAGACGCUUCAAAUCCUCUUACGUUACCCGAAGAGGUAUUUUUGCAGAAGUUUCGGGUAUCAAAAGAAGCUUUUGAAUACAUCUUAGGGAAAAUUGGCGCGAAUGACGGCAUAAGGAGAACCUAUACACCUCCGGUGAUCCGUUUAGCGCUUACUUUGGAGCUGUUGGGAUCUAGAAGUCAUGGACGGUUGGCGGGUAGCGAUUUAUGCUCAACCGUUGCACAGGCCACCUUUUCUGUUGUUGUGUCAGAAAUGAUACAAGAACUGGAAGAUAAACUUUGCUCAGAAUGGAUUCAGUUGAAUAUUAAUGCCGACACAAAGAGGUGGUUCUACAAAGAAUUUGGUAUUCCAGGUGUGAUUGGAUGCGUAGGUGGAACCCACAUUUAUUUUCGUAAGACAUCACAAGCUGAAGAAAGCUUUAUAAACCCAAGUGGCAAGGCUAGCGUGAAUGGGAUGGUGGUUUGCGACCAUGACAUGAAAAUUAUAGGAGUAAAUUUUGGAUUUCCUGGAUCAACCCACGACUCGCAUGUGUGGAAUCAUUCCAAUGAAAGGGCUUACUUGAAAGAUCAUUGGAAUAGGAAUGAAAGUAAUGGUUGGCUCCUUGGUAGUAGUGGAUACCCUUUGGAACCAUGGUUAAUGACGCCGUAUAAAAAUGCAGUCGACCCAACUAAAAGAAAAUAUAACGACAUUCAUUCUCAGGCCAGAAGCAUUGUGAACAGAUGUAUCGAUUUAUAUAAAGGUCGUUGGCGCAUUUUCAUGGAAGACCGGAAGAGCAGGUACAAUGCGCUAAAAAUGGGCAAAUUCGCAACCGUCUGCGCGGCGCUUCACAACAUUUGCAUACACUAUAAAGUGAAAGAUUUUGAAAUUGGGGAUUUCAUUUCUUCAGCACCCGGAACUGAUUGGGAUGACGGUGUCGAGGUUAUGAUAGAGUCCGCCCAAUUGAUUCGAAUAAGCGAAGAAACCAGAAAUGGUGUAGCUUCUGCACUUGCAAGUUGAUUUGUUUUCCUGCACCAAAUUAAUAAGGCUGACUGAAGGACAAACCAAGCCGAAGCAACAAUAUCUAAAGAAAGAGUAUAAGCAAUAAAUUAAAUUAACGGG